AUGUCUUAUUAUUACGUCAGCUCGCAGCUGGAACAAUCGCUGCAGAUGCUAAAUAGUCGCACAACGGCUUAUAUUAGGAACUUGGUUAUGAGUAGUCCCGAAGCAGCGAAUUCAAAAUGUGAAGUUUAUGAUAUCAAUAUUAAUGGCGUGAACACACGUUGUUUGAAAUGCUCGGUUAACCAUUACUGCACCUACUACAAUCAAAAAUAUCUUAUUCCAAUCGAUCUCUUCGUCCCCAAUAGCUUCCCUUACGUAGAUCCUAUUCUUUAUAUUCGUCCUCCAGCGGGAUCCAAGAUCGUUCCCAUUCCCAACGUAGUCGAUGCCGAUGGCCGAAUUAUAUAUAUCCUCGUAAGUAACAUUAAAAACAUUACACUAAAUCAAUUUUUCGCUUCCCUCGACAGCUGUUUCGCCACCUGCUUCCCCAUCUGCAACGAUCCCAUCCCGCAACUCAUCAAGCAAUGCAGCGACGUUCUCUACCCUCGUUUUGCCGCCAAAUUCGACGACGCGAAGCAGAAAGCAGCCGAAGCCAAAUCAUUACUCUCGUCCAUCGAGAAGCAAACCGAAGUCUGCAACGGCGUGCUGGAGACGCUGCGAAGCUCCGCGGCGACGCUGCAGGCGCAAAACAAGCAGCUCAAAGAGAAACACGAGACGGUCGCGAAGACGUACGGGCAGCUGCAGAGAGAGGGAGAUGCGCGGAGCGACGAUCUGCGCAAUGCGUUUGUGUUUGGAUCGCAGAACCAGCGCAUGCUGCUGGAAUUGAGCGCUGCGGAGAAGACGCACACGGAUCUGCACUCGAUUUUCGCAUCGACGCUCGCGAUGAGCAAUGUGAAUGAAAUGGUGGAUAUGAUACGAGAAAACGGAAGACAGUUGUUCCAGGCGCGGUAUUUGAAGGAUGUGGUGAACACUCGAUUUAGCUCGACAGCGAACAUGCCGAAUGCAAAGAGAAUUGUGCCGCAUGUGCCGAAGUUGUGAAGCGUCAGCGUGUUGAAUUGAAUACGUAUUG